AUAUGUGUGAGUAUAAAACAGAGCUGAAGUGCGCUUAGACAGCAGAAAGCAGCAGAAUGAAGUUUUGCAUGCAACUACAGCUGUUUUGUCUCAGCCUGCUUAUUUACAGUCUUCAUGGAGAGCAAAUUGACACAGAAAGCAGCAUAGAAAUGCCACCAAAUUUUGAAUUUGAACAGGAGGAUCUUCAUCAGUUUGAGGUUUCUGAAAAUGAACCGGAACCGAAAUCUCUGUCUCACUACUCUGACAUCAUGGCAGUGUUACACAGAGUACGGUGACAGUCAGUCUCCACAGAAAAAGAAAGUAAUGCAAAGAUAGAAGUCUUCUCACCACUGAGUAGCUUCAGCACCAAGAGGCAGGAGAAUACCAAGGUUACCAGACAAAAAAGACCUCCACAUCUACGGAGCCUCAUCCCUUUAGGAGACGAUGGAGUAGCACAGCCUCCUCGUGCUUAAGAGGCAGACAAACAAUGAUCGAAAACAAGGCAAGAAGCAUAAACCAUGGAAGUUCUCUAUGUUAGGGUUUAUGUCUCCUUCCGAGGUUCCCACAUCCCCUGAAACAGGAAAAAUAGCAAUUGCAUAGCGAAAGGUUAAAAUGUUUCCUAAAGAGUGUUUCAUUCUCAAGUUAUAUUAUUUUGAAAAUAAAAUAUUUUCUUUCUACUUCAUUUUCUUUAAAAGUGUACUUAGGAUAAAUAACAACUUCUAUACAGAGUCUUAAUACGUGGAUUCUGCCUCAUCUGGAAUCCAAAUAGGUACCACUAGGAGGCAGCAUUUACCCAAGAGAUGUUUACUCAAGACAGCAGCUUGGCUUCUGUAUAAACACAAUGUUUAAUUGAUGUAUGUUUAUCUGAAUAUCUCAGCUACAAUAAAGCAUUUGUGUUUAAGUUUGUACUGUGUUGACCCAGUGCAAAACACUGUACAUGAAAAUGCAAAAGGCAAAAUUAUGACAUUUUGAAAUUGCUUCGUAAAGCUCUGGCCGUUUCAUGAGGUGUUUAACCUAAAAGCAGCUAAGUACAAAUAAAUCAAUGAUGACAUGUUGAUAUAGUUAUAAACACAAAGAAUAUGAGAGGUGGAGUGUGUGUUGAUUGCUUCUGUGAGUGAUCAACUGCAUAUUUGAGUGGUUCUGCUGAUUCAGUGUGCCAGAAAAGAAUUUGGCAGCUUGAGAAAACACAAAAAAGUAAGCCUCUUGCCAAGAAUUUUUCAAAACAAAUUAGCAGUCCAAAGCAAACAGAAAACACCCCUCCUUCCUUAUCUGCAUAAUCCUUGAUGAGGACACAAUGCUGUUUACUGCACAUUUCACUCUGAUGUGAUCAUGUCAGUAUCUAAAAUACCCCAAGAAGCAACCAUGCAAAAGCAACCAUUUGCACUUCCAGAGACAUGUACUUUACAGGAUAAACUUAAAAAAAAAAUUAAAAAAAAAAAUGUGCAGAUGGUAGACUUUAAACAAAGUCAACAGCACUCCUCCUUUGAUUUUUUUUUUCUUUUUUCACAACAAAAAUAUGCAGCUCAAUCAACCUGACCAAACUAAGCUGAAGGGGAAACAUGUAGUUAGACAAUAAUCCACAUAUACACCAUGCUAAAUACUGUAUAUGCUAAAUACAGUUAAAGUUGGGUAAGUCUGUUUAACCACAGGAAGAGGUAAGAGGUAAGUUCAUUUAAAAUUAGUGGAGGAAAAAACUUGUUUCAAAACGAUUUUGCUGUGACUGUGCAUUGCAUUUAUAUUGUAAAGUUAUAAGUUAUUUCAUUUAGAAGAUCUUAUAAGCAUGUUUAUGGACAGUUGCUUGCAGAGUGUCACACACAAUCACACAUAAGAACAGAUACACACAGCUGGUGAGGUAUUGGAACAAACGUCUGCUUGCAUGAGUCAUAGUAAGCAGGCUCUUGCUUACAGGAAACGCAGACAGAAAGAAUCCACUGCCUUCAGGAGAAGCCCCCACUCUUACAUGAAAUCUCAACAUUAGUGGAAGAAUGGAGAGCUCAGAGGAACAGUACUACGACUACCCUGAGUAUGAAAACAACAGCUUCAACUUCAGCUAUGAUGACUAUCAGACCAUCUGUGAGAAGGGUGACAUACGCUCCUUUGCGAGGAUCUUCCUCCCAGCUGUUUUCAGUUUGUCUUUGGUGAUAGGCUUGGCUGGAAAUGGCCUGGUUUUGGCAGUGUAUGCAUAUUGCAAGCAACUGAAAACAAUGACUGACACAUUUAUACUUCACCUGGCUUUGGCAGAUCUAUUGCUGCUCCUGACACUGCCCUUCUGGGCCACUGAUGCUGUCCAUGGCUGGGAGCUUGGGGUUGCUCUCUGUAAACUUGUAUCUUCUCUGUACACCAUUAAUUUCACCUGCAGCAUGCUGCUCCUGGCCCAUAUUAGCAUGGAUCAGUAUCUGGCUUUGAUGCCCGGAACCAGAAACAGAGGUUUUGCACGUGUCUUCCGAAAGAACCACUCUGGAAAAAUUUGUCUGGUCGUCUGGAUCAUAGCUUUUUUUCUAGGUGUCCCAGAUUUGGUGUUUUCAACGGUCAGGGAGCUACCUUAUAAAAAAAGCUGUUUGGCAAUGUAUUCUUCAGACAUGGUGCUCAGAGCUAAAGCCAGUUUGGAAGUGGUGGAAGUCAUAAUGGGCUUCUUGCUACCUUUGUUGGUGAUGCUAUACUGUUACACCUCUGUAGGGCUAGCUCUAGUGAAGCUCCCUCUAGAGAGAAAGUGGAGGAAGUGGAGGUCGAUCCGUGUUCUGCUGGCUAUGGUUGGAGUUUUUGUGGUCACGCAGCUACCCUACAACGUUAUCAAGUUCUGCCGGACCAUGGACAUUGUGUACACAUUUGUGACUCACUGUAGAACAAGUAAAGAGCUGGACAGGGCUACUCAGAUCACAGAGAGCCUUGCACUGACACACUGUUGUCUAAACCCUAUUCUUUAUGCUUUCAUCGGUUCCUCUUUUAGGCAGCAUGUAAUGAAGUGUGCUAAAGGGUUUGGGGAUAGAGGGAGGAGGUUAGCACACAUAAGACAGCAGCAGGAAGUGGUCAUCUCUUUAAAUUCCCAUUCACAAUCCCAAGAGACCAGCACCUUUUCAAUUUGAGCAUACAGGAGAGAGAGAGAGAGAGGAUGUUUUUUUUGUCUGUGGGUUUGUCUGUUGAAAUAUGGUAUUAAUGGGAUAGUUCAUCUAAAAAUGUAAAUUCUGUCAUCAUUUACAGUACUAAUUCUGAUGUUGUUCCAAACUGUAUGGCUUUCUUUAGUCCCAAAAGGAGAUGUUAGGCAGAAUGUUAGCCUCAGCCACCAUUAAUCUACAUUGCAAUUUUAUUUUUUCUUACAAUAGCGUAAAAGUGAAUGGUGACUGAGGCUAACAUUCUGUCUAACAUCUCCUUUUGUGCUCAUUGGAAGAAAGUAAAACAGGUUUGAAACAACAGAGGGUGAGUUCAAAAUUAAGGACAUGUUGUUCUUCAUCCCAAAGUAUAUUACACUGUAUAUAAAGAAUGUAAUUAUUCAUCAUCAAGACUUUCCUACUUAAUAUCAUAAUACUCUAUGGAUCUAGCAUAAUCCUAAAAGAAUGUUCCUGUUUACAGAAGAAUAUCACAUGCACUCAUGUAAUCUUUGGCUAAUCUGUUCCAAGAGUUUAUCUGAUCACAGUGUUUUUCAUUUAGUAGUAAUGGUAACAGUGCACAAUUUCAUGCAAUUGUUACAUGCAAUUUAUUCGUCCCUCUUGUAUAAUGUCCAAUUUAAGAAUGUUCAAAAGAAAUUCAGGAGAACUAAAGAUGCAAACUUGCCCAUUGUUAUGGGUCACAACAUUGGCAUUGCAUUUGUAUUAUCUCCAGCUGCAGAAUCAAACAAACUUCUCCAUAUUUCAAACACCAUCCCCAUUAAAACACAGAUGCAUUAGGGAAAAAAAGAAUGGAGUAAAGAAUGCGAAUGGAGAUGAGAGAGCUCAGCUAAUGUCAACAGAAUGCAGUCUAUGCACUAGCACUAAAUCAGUCAUUUUCAAAAUUAAAAUUCUGCAAAGACAUUUGUUGUAUAUAAUGUAGUAGGGCAGUUAUGCAUACCUUGCUUGUGUGUUUUCUUUAUAAUCUUUGUGGGCUGUUUUUUUUAUGGCUGUGAUAAAUGUAAAAUCCAAGUGUUUAUUUAAAACCUAAUAAUCAAACAUUUGUUGAUAAAGAAAUUAUAAAGUCAAACAUUCUUUAUUUUUUAAUUAAGCAUUUAUAUACCUUACAUAAACUGCCUAAAGGUAAUAGGAAACAUGAAUAUUAGGUAGCGUCAGGAAGACUGAGACAUAAAACAUUUUGCAGAUUAAUAGCACAGACUAGAUUAAAUACUGACAAUGUAAAAUAAGUUGCUCAAUAUGUGAAAAAUGAUUAUAAAAAAGUCAGAGAUUCUGUGCUGCACAGAAAAACAAUAUAAUUGAGACCUUGAGAUGGCUAGAUGCCUUAGAGAUUUUGACACAACUCAAAACAAUAUGUUUCAUGUGGGUUAUAUUACAAUGUUACAAACAAAGAUGCUUCCAAGUCAAAAUUCCACCCUGAACAUAAAUGAUAACAGGACUUGAGCAAUAGCAAAUGUUUACAUAACUUUGAUAAAAAAAAAAGUGCAACAGAACAAAAACAUUGCUCCUUUGAUUAG